AUGUUGCGCAAGCGCAACGACGCGAGCAGCAGACAAUCCUCAUACUCGUUGAAGGUGCCAGUCGCAAGGUCGGUUCUCGAGACGCCUGACUUCCGUUUCAUCUCAGCCAGUUGUACCAGAGCCCGGAUCAGACAGUCGAGCUGGCGCAUGCUGCCGGCCGGCGUACUGCGAGAGACUGACCAGUCGAAGGGGCAAGAGGGAGAAAGCGACAAAGAGAGAAUGGGAGAAAGAGAUAAAACCAACCUGAGUGUAAGACCCAUCUCCUUCGGCAUUGCCGAUGGCUAA